AUGUCAUCGUCGGACGGUUUUCUCACAUCAUUACAAUCAAUACAGACAAAUUUAUUUCGAAUCGGUGGUCCCAUAUUAAUGGUAUUUGGUGUGGUUAGUUGUAUCGUCAGUCUCAUUGUUUUCACUCAGAAAAAUCUACGUAAAAGUCCAUGUUCCAUCUAUUUGAUAGCAGUGAAUAUUGCUAAUUUCUUAUACAUUACUUUAUCAUUAUUAUUACUUAUAUUAACAACUGGCUAUGGAAUAGAUCCUACUAAAUCUAAUCUCUUCAUGUGCCGUUUCAAUUAUUACACAACCUAUUUAUUUGGUAUUCUCAGUCCAUUUUAUCUUAUCUUAGCUUCAAUCGAUCGAGUAUUAGUCACAUCAUCAAAUGCUCGAACACGACAAAGAAGUACUCCUCGUUUAGCGUAUAUUUGUAUCGGUUGUGGAACAUUAUUUUGGAUGUUGUUUCAUUGUCAUGCAUUAAUCCUAGUAGAUAUCCAAGAAAUAGCACCUGGUUAUUUUACAUGUUCUUUUCGAGCAGGUCCAUACGUCGUUUUCCUGGGUUAUUAUUCAUUGCUCAUCAAAGCAAUUAUAGUGCCUUUGCUGAUGAUUGUUUUCGCCAUAUGGACUGCAAAAAAUAUUAGAAAAGUGCGUCAACGACGUAUUGCUCCUGUAACAACGAAUACUGGAAAUACAGCAGGGAAUUCUGAACGAUCCUUUAACUCCAAAGAUCGACAAGAUAAAAUCAAAUAUCUACGUUAA